AUGUCCAAAAAUAAAUUAGUUGCCCCUACACUUAUUUCUCAUGGUCUUAUUAUUCCUGAAUUACAUUUUGGACCUUUUUCACGAAAUUGGUGGUUGGAAAUAACUACUGAAAUUGAAGAAUUCUUUCCUAUACGUGUAGGAAUGUCAAUAGUAACAGAAUUAAAUGGUCGAAACUUUACUGUACAUGUUUUUAAAGGUAGCCAAGGUCAGCCAAGAUAUGUUUGUGAAUCAGGUGAGUAUUUUAGUAAAGAAGAGGACUUUAUAAGUAGUGCACUUAAUCCUUUAUACCAGGAAAUUUUUAAAAAUAAAACCAAAUUUUCUGGAGU